AUACAUUCACAUCAUACAAAUAUUAUGUAUGUAUGUAUUAUUAUUUACGACAUUUAUAUCACUUUUUAAUAUUAUAUUAUUUUAAAUAUUAUUUACUAUAUUUAUAUACUAUAUAUAUAUUUAUAUAUUAUUCUUAUUUAUUGAAUAAUAAUACUAUAUAUUGAAUAUUCUAUAUUCAUAAUUACAUAUACAAUUUUUAUUCUUUCGGAACUUUAUAAUUCUUCAGUUACUGAUUGGUUAUACUAAAAUUCCAAUUAUUACUAUUGGUUAAAGAUAUUUGAAAGUAUAUGAAAGUUUAUAUAGUAUAUAAAGUCAAAUAUUACAAUUAUUCAUUAAAUUUUUAUUUUAAAAUUAAAUAAAGACAAAUAUACGCAAGAAAAAUAAAGGUUAGUAUACAUUUCUUUUUUUUUAAAUAAAAUACAUAUUUUGUUAUUUUUUUUACUAUAUUUUCUUAUAUUAUUGAUAGAUAUAUUAUUAGAUUAGAUUAGAUAUAUAGAUUAGAUAUAUAUAUAUUAUUGAUAGAUAAAUGAUUAUAUAUUUCUACACAUUCAUUCAAGAUAUAUGUAGACUAGUAUUUAUAUAUCUAAAUUUAAAUUUGAUUUUAAUCGCUAUCGUAAUCUAUUCAAUAGAAAAUAUUAUUUAAAAAAAUUAUAUAUAGUUUUAUAUAUAAAUUUUAAUUUAAAAUAUAGUAUUUUAUUAUUUCUUUAUAAUAAUAUUUUCAAAAGUUUUAAAAGUUCAAUUCUAAAGUGUUCAAUUAUAGUCAAGUACAAUUUCUAAAAGUGUUAUAACGAAAUAUUUCUAAUUGAAAUAAGCGUCAUAAUGUCGAAUUCAAGAAAAACUAAAACAAGACGUGAUAGUGACUCGAUAGAUGUUAAUUUUAAAAGAAUUAAAUUAUCAAAUGAAAAUAAUUCUGAAAUAGAGGAUAAUAAAAUUCCCAAUGAUGCAUCACUUGGAAACAUAUCUGAACAAGUACUAUCAGUAGAACGUGAUUUAGUCAUAGAAUUAGGAAAAAUUACAUUCCAUUCGCCAAUAGAAUAUGUUUAUAGUCCACUUGAAUAUGCAUUUAAUAUACAUACUAUGUAUGUACAAAAAUAUUGUAAUACUAUCAAAAAGAUAUUAUUUCUUGGAAUGAAUCCCGGUCCUUGGGGUAUGUCUCAAACUGGUGUGCCAUUUGGUGAGAUAAGCAUGGUUCGGGAUUGGUUAAAAAUUUGUGGUCCUGUGGGAAAACCAGUCAAAGAACAACCAAAGAGAAAAGUAACAGGAUUUCAAUGCAAUCGCAGUGAGAUCAGUGGGAAAAGAUUAUGGAGCCUUUUCCAAAAAUUGUGUGGAAGUCCAGAAAAAUUCUUUCAACAAGCAUAUAUACAUAAUUAUUGUCCUAUUGCUUUAAUGAAAAAAAAUGGCUGCAAUAUUACACCAGCCGAGAUAAAGGGAUCAGAGAUACAAAUAUUACAUUCUAGUUGUGACAAGGCUUUAUUAGAUAUAAUUAAAAUCAUAAAAGCUGAAAUUAUAAUUGGUAUUGGUGGAUAUGCAGAAAAGCGAGCACAAUUUGUAAUUCAAUCAUCAAAAUUACCUGUUAAGGUAUUAUGUUUACCUCAUCCAAGUCCACGUGCUGUAAAUAAUAAAAAUUGGAGUGAAAAAGCAACCAAAAAAUUAAGUGAAUUUGGAUUACUUGAAUGUUUUAUAUCUUAGAUUCAUUUUACAUUAAAAGUUUGAGAAUAUUUAAUAAAAAGAAAAGAAUAAGAAGAAUAAAAAAAUACAGAAAA